AUGCAGUACAGGGCUCUCUCUCUGCUCGUCCUGAGCGCAACUGCCCUGGCCGCUCCUGGCCCCCAGAACACCGACUCUUCUCUCGAGAGCAACCCUGAAUACCAGGAGUACAUGUCCUCCCUGGAGUCUCUCGCCAGCAAGACGGGCGACGCCGACUUCAGUGUCCCCACGGAAGAGGUUGACAUCCCCCCCUCCGUCCUGGCCGUCCUCGCGACCGCCAUGCCCGCCUCGUUCAUCAGCCAGCUCGCCGAUCCCUCCGCCAUCUCGUCUCUGGACAAGGACUGGAAGACCGGCAAGACCCCCGACUGGUACUCCAAGCUGCCCGACGACGUCAAGGACUACGUCUCCGCCCAGGUCAACACUGAGGCCACGGCGACCAACUCCGUCGAGGAAACCGGUUCCAGCACCGGCAAGGGCACUUCCGUCGGCUCUGCGUCCGCCACGGCCACGGCCACCGGCACCUCGGACGCUUCCUCCUCCGCCGCCCAGACUACCGGCACCCAGACUACCGGAUCUAGCUCUGCCUCCGGCAGCUCCGCCGCUGAGACCACCGGUUCCCAGGGCGCUACCUCGGAGGGUGGUGCUCCCGCUCCCACCGGCGCCAUGGCUGCCAGCUUGGCCGGUGCGGCGGGUAUUCUUGGCCUCGCCAUUGCUCUGUAA